AAACAUCAGGGUAAAUUAAUAUUGGGUUGUUUUUGAAAUAACUAUUUAAAUUCUUUUUUUUUUUUCUGCACUCUCAGAAUAGGUUAAGUCUAGUGUUCCAGUGUUAAAAGUUGAUAUUGUUUAUAUGUUUCAUUAUGCAAUUUUUGUUUACUUUAAUGUUGAAUGUAUUUGAGUGUAGUAUUGUUAUUUAUUACAUUUUUUUGUUAACAGUGUGUCCCGCCCGAGAUUGUAACAUGAUAAAUAUAUUGUGUUGAUGAUUAAUAUUUUGUGUUAAAUUUAACCAUUCCAGUUAAUAUGUAACAACCUGAUGUGCGACAUGUGUGGGCUGGGAGAGGUGUAAGACUCAACCUAAACAAUGCUAGAUUACUUAAACGGAUCUGGCGACAACACUUAACACCAAGGAUACCACAACUCUUAGAGUGGGGUGCUGGAAAGUGUUGUGGACCGACACAACAUGGCCGACACUUCUCUGAUUAGUUGGGAGUCGCACCUGUUGGAGAAGCUGUCAUGCAGUCCAGGCGCUCUGAAGAACUCUGCAGGGAACGGGGUGUCACGUAACGCCCCGCUCAGCAUCCCCAGCAACGAGGAGUGCGGCAUUCGGGACGUAUGGAAGCACAACCUGGAGGAUGAGUUCAAGAUGAUCCGCCAGGUGGUGCAGAAGUACAACUAUGUGGCAAUGGACACGGAGUUCCCCGGCGUGGUGGCGCGGCCUAUCGGGGAGUUCCGCAGCUCGGCCGACUACCAGUACCAGAUGCUCAAGUGCAACGUGGAUCUGCUGAGGAUCAUCCAGCUGGGCUUGACCUUUCUCAACGACAAGGGGGAGGCGCCGUCCAGCUCCUGCAGCACUUGGCAGUUCAACUUCAAGUUCAGCCUCUCGGAGGACAUGUACGCCCAGGACAGCAUCGACCUCCUGCAGAACUCUGGGAUCCAGUUCAAGAAGCACGAGGAAGAAGGCAUCGAGCCGCUGGAGUUUGCCGAGCUGCUCAUCACGUCGGGCGUUGUUCUCAUGGACAACAUCAAGUGGCUCAGCUUCCACAGUGCGUACGACUUUGGGUACCUUGUGAAGCUGCUGACUGACCAGGACUUGCCGCAAGACGAAGGAGAAUUCUUCGAGCUCCUCCGACUGUACUUCCCCAACAUUUACGACCUGAAAUACCUGAUGAAGAGCUGCAAGAACCUGAAAGGCGGGCUCCAGGAGGUGGCUGAGCAGCUGGACCUGGAGCGGGUGGGGCCCCAGCACCAGGCGGGCAGCGACUCCCUCCUCACCGGCAUGGCCUUCUUCAAGAUGCGAGAGAUGUUUUUUGAAGACAACAUUGAUGAUUCAAAGUACUGUGGCCAGCUGUACGGCCUACUGGACCAGACGGCAAAGCAGCACUGGGCGAAGUAGCAGCGCUCAUCGACUGUGGGGCAGGGACCUCCGCUGUGGACCGAGAUGAUGUUGUUGAUGAUGUUACGUUUAAUUGCAAGUUUGGUCUCUGACGCCGUUAUGCUUUCCUCCUUGCCCAGAGUCAGUUUUCUUCUGAUUGCCAUGCCAGGGCUGGUGCGGCCAUUGAGAAUUUUGUACCUGUUCUCACCUGCUGAGCAGGGAAAGAUUUACGAUAGUUUAUCCUUGGUUGUUGAAAAAUAAUUUUGUAGUUCUAGCUCGUGUGUAGUAGUAUCGAUGUGCAGCUUCAAAAAAAAAAAAUUAAAAA